GGUCACAUGACCACAACAGGAAAAAAAGAGUGAAGAACAAUACCUUGCUCAGCCUUUGUUCUGCCUCCAGGAUCUCUGCAGCGCAAGUAACCAGGCCCCUGAACCCGAGCAGAGGAUCCUGUUGCGACACUUCUCUGGUUUAAUCAGUGACCUCAAAGGAAUUGGCUCAGCACUGCAGUCGCCAGGCUCUGCAGAUCAGUGUGUGGUCUCCCUACCAGGGCUUUGAUCACCUCUCCCCACUGCCUUCUCUCCUACUGCAGAUAUGGAGCCCAGGAUGUUGCAGCUCCUUUUCGUCCUCCAUGUCUUGGCCCUCCCAGUCCAGCUCUGUGAAAUCCCCAGGGGAAAUCCUGCUCUGAUCAAAUGCCUGAACAUGGAGCUCUUGAGACUCAGCCAGGAUCUGUCGGAGGAGCUGAACCCCAGUGUGUAUGUGGCCCUUCGUCUUUCUGCUGACCACAGUCUGGAGAAAGAGGCCCAGUACCUCCAGAGACUGAAGAAUGUCUUCCAGCCCAGUGCCAGCAGCUCCAUAGCAGGUGGCCAACAGAAGCAGCCCAAUACAGGCCGCCUGGCUCUGUACCUCCUAGCACUGCGGGCUGCCUGCCAGGACAUGGAGACACUCCUGGAGAGGCAGCUGGUGACCCGGUUGAAGUACCAUCUGCACAAGGAGAAGGAGCAGAUAGCUUUCAAAAGGAAUGGCCGCCCCAUCACCAGUUACUACCAGUACAGCCUGGGGGUCUUGGCCCUGUGUGUCCAUGGGAAGAAGAUUGACACCCAUGUGAUCCAGAAGCUCCUGAAUGCUGAGCAGCACAAGUUCAUGCAUGGCAGCAAGCUCUCUGUGGACACCAUGGCCAUGGCAGGCUUGGCCUUUGCCUGCCUGAAGCAGGCCAACCUCUACGAACCGGAGCUAGUGGCAGCAAUCAGCCUGGCUGUCCAGAGAGUGACGGACAGGAUUCUCCAGGCUCAGACCACCAAGGGCACCUUCGGCAACAUCUUCAGUAGCCCACUGGCCAUGCAGCUCUUGAUCGCCACCGGGAUGAGCAAGAAGCCAGAGUGUCCCAAAGGCAUGGAUGCUCUGCUGGGGAGCCUGGAACAGGGUCACUUCCAGAACCCCAUGAUCAUGUCCCAGCUGCUGCCCGUGCUGGAUGGCAAGAGCUACCUGGAUAUUGCCACCAUGGAGUGCCGGGCAGAGCAAGACACUUCGGAGCUAGACACCAAGUGCCCAGGAUCCAGGACAGUAAUUCUGGGGACCAAGAUGAUCACCGUUCAGCUGGCUGUGGAGCACCCUCCGAACCCUGAGAUGCUGUACAACCACUCCAUCCAGGUGCCCUCUGGGUCCUCCCUCCAGGACGUGCUGAGAACCGCUGCGGAGCAGGGCCCUGGGCAGUUCAUGUUUGAAACCCAGAACACCUUGCAUGGUCCAUUUUUAACCACAGUGAUGGGGGUGAAAGCCAGCAAUGGAGAGCGGAGAUACUGGCAACUCCUCCAGGCCCCAGACACCAGUCUUCAGAAAGGCAUCUCUGACUACCAGCCUCAGGACGGAGAGUCCAUCAUCCUGAAGUUUAGCCCAUGGUAGAAGGCCUGCUGCCUGCCUUCCAGCUCCCUGCCCCACCUCAAUCCACAGUGAACUCUCUGUGUGUGUCUCUCUCUACCCCAGAAGCAGGAGGUCUCAGCUGGCAAUGGCAGCAUACGCCUGUCAACCUGCGAGCCCUGUGCCCACAGAGUGGCAUCUUCCUCCCCACAGACUGAAGUCCAUAACGCAAGUCCCUGGCCUCCUGACAGGGUGUGUGUAUGUGUGCGUGUCUGUCUGUCAAAAGGGGCAAAUUCCCUCCUGCCCCAGAGACCUGUUCUGCUGUGGAUCAGCCACAACCAUCCACUCAAUGGAAACUAACCAUGCCAGGGAGUGGGGAGCAGCAGGUUUGGUGUGAAUGAAAAACCUUGAAUAUGAUGACACAGUGCAUCAUAAUUCUGAUUUUCUAAUGCAGCUUUAACCCUUGCUGUGCUUUGGCUGUCUAAACUGCCACCCAAUGAGUACAUAGGAGGAGGUGUCUGCAUCCUCCUGAUGGACACAAUUUGUUUCCUGUGGGCCCACUGUACCAGUGCCCUGGUGUGACUGGGCUCCUGGGGAUUCUCUAGACUGCACCCCUCUGUAUAGCAGUCACUGCACAGCUCGCACGCCAGGGAUUCCCUCCCUGCUCCUGCCCAAAUUCCUGAAGCAACAGAACUGCUGCUGUGAUGAGAGGAUGUGGCUGAUAUCUCUGCUGUCUGGAGAGCAGUGGGUGGGAACCUGGCCCCGUGCCAAGGGGAGAUGGUGCCCCCAUGCAGCCACUCUCCCUCAGUCUGACAUUUGGAUCUGAAAUGAUUAAAGCUUUGAUUGCAAACCUGA